CCAUGAACAGCUCGGGCGGCCUCGGCGCCGAGGACGCCAGCGAGGCGGGCAGCGGCAGCUGGCAGCCCGAGGCGGUCAUGGUGCCCGCGCUGUUCGCGCUCAUCUUCCUCGUGGGCACCGUGGGCAACGCGCUGGUGCUGGCCGUGCUGCUGCGCGGCGGCCAGGCGGUCAGCACCACCAACCUGUUCAUCCUCAACCUGGGCGUGGCCGACCUGUGCUUCAUCGUGUGCUGCGUGCCCUUCCAGGCCACCGUCUACACCCUGGACGGCUGGGUGUUCGGCUGGGUGCUCUGCAAAGCCGUGCACUUCCUCAUUUUCCUCACCAUGCAUGCCAGCAGCUUCACGCUGGCCGCCGUCUCCUUGGACAGGUAUCUGGCCAUCCGCUACCCGCUGCACUCUCGCGAGCUGCGCACGUCCCGCAACGCGCUGGCAGUCAUCGGGCUUAUCUGGGGGCUGUCGUUACUCUUCUCCGGGCCCUACCUGAGCUACUACCGCCAGUCGCGGCUGGCCAACCUGACCGUGUGCCACCCGGCCUGGAGCGCGCCUCGCCGCCGCGCCAUGGACCUCUGCACCUUCGUUUUCAGCUACCUGCUGCCGGUGCUGGUGCUCGGCCUGACCUACGCACGCACCCUGUGGUACCUCUGGCGCGCCGUCGACCCGGUGUCCGCAGGCUCGGGCUCCCGGCGCGCCAAGCGCAAAGUGACGCUCAUGAUCGUCAUCGUGGCGGCGCUCUUCUGCCUCUGCUGGCUGCCCCACCACGCGCUCAUCCUCUGGGUCUGGUUCGGCCGCUUCCCACUCACGCGCGCCACCUACGCGCUACGCAUCCUCUCCCACCUUGUCUCCUAUGCCAACUCGUGCGUCAACCCCAUCGUUUACGCGCUCGUCUCCAAGCACUUCCGCAAGGGCUUCCGCAAGGUCUGCGCCGGCCUGCUGCGCCGCGCCCCCCGCCGCGCCUCCCGCCGCGUAUGCGUCGCGGCGCCCGGCGCCCGCAGCUGCAGCGUGCUGGAGCGCGAGUCCACCGACCUGACUCACGUGAGCGAGGCGGCUGCGCCCCUCGCCCUUACCCCGGCGCCUCCCAGUGGCCUGGUCUCGAGGACUGGCCUCUGCCGGGCCUGACGGGCCUAGAAGGCCCCCAACAAACGGCGUCGAGACAGUUAACGUGACCUGAGAGCACUUGGC